AUGCCUAUCCAGACAUCAGCAGGGUUGUCUGCCCGUCUUUUCGCGCAAAGAACAGCCAUCCCCGCAUCUCGGAGACAAUUCAGUUGCGCACGCCCGUUACUCAAAGAGAUUCAGGAUGCUUAUAUUCUCAGUGCCUCGCGGACGCCUACUACUAACUUCAAUGGAUCGUUCGCCUCCGUCUCCGCUCCCGAGCUAGGUGCCGCCGCUAUCAAGUCUGCCGUGGGCAAAUCGAACUUGCCAGUUGAAAAAAUCACCGAUGUUUAUAUGGGGAAUGUUCUGCAGGGAUCCGUCGGUCAGGCCCCCGCCCGUCAAGCCUCCAUCUUCGCCGGACUCGCCCCAACCGUCGAAUCCAUGACCGUCAACAAGGUGUGCGCGUCUGGUCUUAAGGCGGUGGCCCUCGCUGCCCAGAAUAUUCAGCUUGGUCUCGCGGAUGCUCAAGUUGCGGGAGGAAUGGAAAACAUGUCCCGGGUGCCGUACUAUCUGCCGCGUGCGGGUCAGCUGCCACCGUUCGGUGAUCUGAAGCUGGAGGACGGUCUGGUCAAGGACGGUCUGUGGGAUGUUUAUAAUCAAUUCCAUAUGGGCAUCUGUGCAGAGCAGACAGCCAAGAAGUAUGAAGUCUCGCGCGAGGAACAGGACGAGUAUGCCAUCCGUUCGUACGAGCGUGCUCAGCAGGCCUGGAAUGAGAACAAAUUCGCCGACGAGAUUGUCCCUGUUACUGUCAAGGGCAGGAAGGGUGAUACUGUUGUCUCACGUGAUGAAGGGUUCGAGAACCUGCGUGCCGAUAAACUGAAGACCCUGAAGCCGGCCUUCCUCAGGGACGGCACUGGCACCGUUACCGCUGGUAAUGCAUCUACUAUGAAUGAUGGAGCCUCAGCUUUGGUCCUGGGAAGCAAGGACCUUGCCCGCGAGUUUGGUAAGGGUAACCGUGCUCUUGCUCGCAUUGUAUCGACUGCCGAUGCCGCCAUCGACCCCGUGGACUUCCCCGUGGCACCAGCGAAGGCCGUCCCCAUUGCGCUGGAGCGUGCUGGAAUCACUAAGGACCAGGUCUCAGUCUGGGAGUUCAACGAGGCUUUUGCUGCUGUGAUCAAGGCUAACGAGAAGAUUCUCGGCUUGCAAAACGCCAAGGUCAACCUUCUUGGAGGUGCUAUCUCGAUUGGACACGCCUUGGGCAGUUCCGGCUCUCGUAUUUUGGUCACAUUGCUCCACCAGCUGCAGCCCGGCGAGUAUGGUGUGGCUGCUAUUUGCAACGGCGGCGGUGCUGCCAGCGCCAUGGUUGUGCAGAAGCUGGACAAGGUUGACUAA